AUGGGGACCCCAUUUCAUGACUGCACUGACAUACUGGCACAGGUUUAUGGGAUUCGAGAGGACUUGCAGGAUCAGCCAUUAUCAGACGCAGACGCCAUCUGGUUUACCGAUGGAAGCAGCUUCGUUCACCAAGGACAAAGGUGUGCGGGGGCAGCCAUGACUUCAGAGACCGAGGUGGUGUGGGCAGAAGCUCUACCCCCCGGAACCUCGGCCCAGAAGGCUGAGCUAAUAGCCUUAACCCAGGCCCUAAAGUUAGGAAGAGAUCGCAAGCUAACCGUAUACACUGAUAGCCGAUAUGUUUUUGCCACCGCUCAUGUACAUGGGGCGAUACACAGAGAACGGGGGCUCCUCACGGCUGAAGGAAAAGACAUCAAAAAUAAAGAAGAGAUUCUAGCCCUACUAGCAGCCAUAUGGGAACCCAAAAAGCUAGCAAUUGUGCAUUGCCCAGGACAUCAGAAGACAACCGACCCAGUUUCCCAGGGCAACAAUUUGUCCGAUCGGACUGCAAAAAACAUAGCUCGGCCCCCAGCGCAAUUACUGACCCUACAGCUGCCAGAUCCCGGGCCCCGGGAAUUGCCCCCCAGCCCUGAGUAUUCAGAAAGCGAUCUUCAAUGGAUGAGUAAACUUCCUAUGACCCGAGUCAAAGAUGGCUGGUGGAAAGACUCCAAGAACAACACUAUACUCCCAGAGAAGCUAGGAUGGCAGGUUCUAGAGCGGAUCCAUCACAGCACCCACCUAGGUUCCCGGCGAAUGUUAGAUUUAAUGAGACAGACUGGACUGAGAAUCAAAAAUGUCUCCGAUAAGGUUGAUCAAGUAGUCACUAAAUGUACUGUGUGCCAACUCAACAAUGCGAGUAGUAAUCCUCAGACAUCAGGGGCAAGACAAAGAGGGAGCAGACCGGGGACCUAUUGGGAAGUAGAUUUCACUGAGGUAAAACCAGGAAAAUAUGGAUAUAAGUAUUUGCUAGUUUUUGUAGAUACCUUUUCAGGAUGGACCGAAGCCUUUCCAACCAAGAAUGAAACGGCGCAGAUUGUAGCCAAAAAGAUCCUGGAAGAAAUCCUGCCCAGGUAUGGUUUUCCAGUAAUGAUGGGGUCAGACAAUGGACCUGCAUUCGUCUCUAAGGUAAGUCAGGGACUGGCUUCCAUACUUGGGGUUGAUUGGAAAUUACAUUGUGCAUACCGACCCCAAAGUUCAGGGCAGGUAGAAAGAAUGAACAGAACAUUAAAAGAGACCCUAACCAAAUUGACCAUGGAGACUGGCGCUAAGUGGGUAGUCCUUCUCCCCUACGCUCUGUUCAGGGUGCGUAACUCCCCAUACAAACUGGGACUCACACCCUAUGAAAUAAUGCAUGGUAGACCACCCCCCAUCAUCCUUAACCUAAAAGAUGACCUUGUCAAAACUGAGAACGAUUAUGGUCUUGAACUCUUGCUCUCCUUACAAGCCUUGCAGAGGGUCCAUGAAGAUGUAUGGCCCAAAUUAAAAGAACUUUAUGAGACUGGACCCCCGCCUAUUCCUCAUCAAUUCUGA